GUGAUCUCCCGCGUCCCCAACUUAAGCGGAAAUAGAAACCCUUCUUUUCUCUGUUUAAGCGCGCCAACAAAGACUGUCACAGGAGCACUGCACGGACUUCAUUCAGCAAACUCUUGACCGUCCCAUUUUUUUUUUGCUUCGUCUUCAGUCUCUGUCAUCGUUCUGUAAAAAAUGCCAGAGGGAACGUCCGCUUCGUCCAGCGCUGAGAGUAUGGAGGAGAAGCCGUGUUCAUCUACAGCUGCUGCUGCAGACGGUUCUAACGAUGUCAUGGAGGAAGCAAAGAAGCUGAUUGGAACAGGGAACAGACACGUAGUGAUGGGAGAUUAUGCCUCUGCUGUCAGUGUCUUCCAGGAUGCCUGCAGCAUGUUAGCUGCAGUCUAUGGGGAAACUGCAUAUGAGUGUGGAGAGGCCUUUUUCCGCUGUGGAAGCUCCCUUCUGGAACUUGCCAGGAUGGAUAAUGGUGUCCUUGGUAAUGCCCUGGAGGACGCCCCUGAAGGAUCAGAUGAAGAGGAGCAACCUCAGAACUCGGGUGCUGAUAAUGCUGAUGAUGAUGAUGAAGAUGACGAUGAUGAUGACGACGAUGAUAAUAAAGGAGAGAAAAAUGGAGAAGAGGAAGAAGUUGGAAAUUUGCAGUUGGCGUGGGAGAUGCUAGAGUUGGCAAAAAUCAUCUACCAGAAACAGGAUAACAAAGAUGACCAGCUCAUGGCAGCCCAGGCACUUCUGAAAUUGGGAGAAGUUGGAGCUGAAUCAGGUAAUUAUUCCCAGGCACUAGAAGACUUCCAGACUUGUCUUGCCCUUCAGCUGAAGUACCUGCCUCCACACAGUCGUCUGCUCGCUGAGACCCACUACAAUGUUGCCACCACGCUGUGUUACGUGGGCCAGUACAACCAGGCCAUCCAGCACUACAACAGCUCCAUAAAGGUCAUCGAGACCCGCCUGGCCAUGCUGCAGGAGGUGAUAGAUGCAGCAGAGGGAACAGAUGGGGCAGCAGACGAGAAGGUGGAGGUGGGGGAACUGAAGCAGCUUCUGCCUGACAUCAGGGAAAAAGUGGAAGAUGCCAAGGAAAGCCAGAGAACAGCCAGAGCCGCCUCCCAGGCCAUCGAGCAGACACUAGGUGGUGCCUCGACCUCUUCAGCAUUCCUGUGUGAAAACGGUGGGCCAUCAUCAUCCUCAGCUUUUGCAGCAGCCAGCCAGAGCCCUGUUAAAGCAUCUGAGGGUGCAUCGUCUUCCAAAGCAGCUGCAGACAUCUCUCACCUUGUCAGAAAAAAGAGGAAACCAGAGGAGGACAGCCCAGUAGAGGACACUGAUGCUAAGCAGGCGAAACGGGAAGCCACAGUUAAUGGCAGCGGGGACUCUAAUGCCAGCAACGGCACUGGAGUCCAAGGGGAAAAGACAAAGGAGUCUGACAAAUCAGCCUCUGUCAAGUCAUCUGCGUGACGUCCUCUACUUCCGGAUCUUCAAAACCAGCACAGCAUGUCUCUCCAGCCCCUCUCCACCUUCAACACUUUUGUUUUGUAAAUAAAAUCAUUUUCAUAGAUUUGUCUGUCAGGUUUUGUAUACUUAUAGUAAAAAAGAAAAAUAAAGGAUUUGAAGAUGUA